AUGGGGGUCAGCAAUAUAGUGAUGAAGCCUGAAGUUGAGAAGUUCGUAACAGGACGAUUAAGCUUUGAACGGUCCAAAGAUAGUGAUAUCGACAAUGAUAACGAUGAUGAUAAUGAUGCAGAGGGAGACGUCGAAGUAGAUGGAGAUGGAGACGGAGAUGAGGAUACAACAACACGUAGAAAGAAACCGAUUAAGUACAUUCAAAAUAGAACUAGAAGACAUGUAACAUUUGCAAAAAGGAGACAUGGGAUCAUGAAGAAAGCAUACGAAUUAUCUGUACUAACAGGUGCAAAUAUUUUACUUCUAAUUGAAUCUCAUAAUACGGGGCUAGUAUAUACAUUCACAACACCAAGAUUGGAGCGAGUUGUGGCAGGUCAAGAAGGUAAAGAUUUGGUAAGGAGAUGUUUGGCAGAUUAA